UCGAGCGGCCUGCUCUCGAACAGAUGUGCGUCGCAGUGUUGUUGCAAACGCCGGUCGCGUAGGUUGUUGCUAGAGUGAAACGUCGAGCGCAUCGCCCACCCACAUACACAUAUGUACGUAGUCGAGUGCGCGAAGCAGUCAGUUGUUGCCGCCAAUUGAAUGGACAGUCGCGGUUAACGAAACACGAAAAGUCGUCUCGACUCGCCUCGCGUCGCGUGGAGUUCACUUGAGUUGAGUGGCGGCGAGUGUGUGUGUGUGUUUGCUUUUUUUUUCGAACGCCGCCAAACACGCGGCUGUUGCGGCUGUCCCGGAGUGCAUUACUCACACUUUUUUUUCGGUUACUUGCAAGUGAUACCCCUUAAACGAAAACAACAACAAGUCCCCCCCCCCACACACCACUUCAACCCCCUUACAAGCAGCGAACGCCAAAAGGUGAUUAUAUUUGGAAAAGCCACGCCGUGGAGUAAAUAACGGAGCGGAGAGCGGAUCAACACAAAGCGUGACUACCUGUACUUCAAACGCAGAUGAUUGGCGUCAAAUGAACAAAAAGGGUGUCCUCGUUUGCCCAAAUCGUCAUGGUCCUUCAAGCCAAGAGCAUAAACAUUGAACAAAGCACGUGAAUUGCGAAAGGACGAAGGAACUAAGUGCACAAAACAAGCCUGAUUGCCAGGUUUUUUAUUAAAUGGGUGGAAAGAGCAGUCGCCAGAGCAGGAGAAGCACGGCUAUUCGGGAGCUUAGAGCCCACCACUGUCCGCCGGGACAUUAAUUAAUCACGGCCUUGUCAUUCGCACGGAUCGAGGAGUGGUACAGCGAGCCGGAGAAGGGUGCAGAAAUCAAAUUAACAGUGCGUCAAAAGGAUUAAUCCCGUGCAGCCAAGGGCAGGAGUUUGGAGCACGUAGCGCACGCGGCGAGGCGAGUAAACCAAACCAACCGACCCGGGAUCCGCAUUCCGGGGUCAGCGCUUGGAGUUUGGAGUUCGUUCGCAGCUCGUAGCUGCGGAGCUGCCUGUUUGGGCACGUGUUCGGCGGCUCGUCGUCGCGGAUUAGCGAUAAAUCCCGAUACAGCCGCGCCAGAACGAACGACAAAUCAUCCCCAUCAUCCCCAGACGCCGACUUAGCGAUGCCACAGCCAGCGAUGAUGGGCAACAGAACGGAGCGGAGCGGACGACUGGGGAUCCUCCUGCUGCUGGGGGUGCUAGUGGUCCUAAUGGCCCUGCCGCCGCCCACCGCAGGCACCACCGACUGGAUGCAGAGCUGCGGUACGUGCCACUGCCAGUGGAACUCGGGCAAGAAGAGCGCCGACUGCAAGAACAAGGCGCUCACCAAGAUCCCGCAGGACAUGAGCAACGAGAUGCAGGUGCUGGACUUUGCCCACAAUCAAAUACCCGAGCUGCGGCGCGAGGAGUUCCUACUGGCCGGGCUGCCCAAUGUGCACAAGAUCUUUCUGCGCAACUGCACCAUCCAGGAGGUGCACCGCGAGGCCUUCAAGGGCCUGCACAUCCUCAUCGAGCUGGACCUGUCCGGCAAUCGGAUACGGGAACUGCAUCCGGGCACGUUCGCCGGCCUGGAGAAGCUGCGCAACGUGAUCAUCAACAACAACGAGAUCGAGGUGCUGCCCAACCACCUGUUCGUCAACCUGAGCUUCCUGUCGCGCAUCGAGUUCCGGAACAACCGAUUGCGCCAGGUGCAGCUGCACGUCUUCGCCGGCACGAUGGCGCUGAGCGCCAUUUCGCUGGAGCAGAACCGCCUCUCACAUCUGCACAAGGAGACAUUCAAGGAUCUGCAGAAGCUGAUGCACCUCUCGCUGCAGGGGAACGCCUGGAACUGCAGCUGCGAGCUGCAGGACUUCCGCGACUUUGCGAUCAGCAAGCGGCUCUACACACCGCCCACCGAUUGCCAGGAGCCGCCCCAGCUGCGCGGCAAGCUGUGGAGCGAGGUGCCCUCGGAGAACUUCGCCUGCCGGCCGCGCAUCCUGGGCUCCGUGCGCUCCUUCAUCGAGGCCAAUCACGACAACAUCUCGCUGCCCUGCCGCAUCGUCGGCAGUCCGCGUCCCAAUGUCACCUGGGUGUACAACAAGCGGCCCUUGCAGCAGUACGAUCCGCGUGUGCGCGUCCUCACCUCCGUGGAGCAGCUGCCGGAGCAGCCCUCCCAGGUGCUCACCUCGGAGCUGCGCAUCGUCGGCGUGCGGGCCUCCGACAAGGGUGCCUACACCUGUGUGGCGGACAACCGGGGCGGACGGGCGGAGGCCGAGUUCCAGCUGCUCGUGAGCGGCGACUAUGCCGGCGCGGUAUCCGCCUCCGACGGCAUGGGCAUGGGCGCCAUUGGGGCGCCAACCAUUGAUCCGCAAACGAACAUGUUUCUCAUCAUCUGCCUGAUCAUCACCACGCUGCUGCUCCUGCUGCUCGUGGCGGUGCUGACGCUCUUCUGGUACUGCCGUCGCAUCAAGACCUACCAGAAGGACACCACCAUGAUGAGCGGCGACGGGCUGAUCUCCUCCAAGAUGGACAAGACGCACAACGGCUCCAUGCUCGAGGGCUCCGUCAUCAUGGAGAUGCAGAAGAGCCUGCUCAACGAGGUCAAUCCCGUCGAGAAGCCGCCGCGGCGCACGGACAUCGAGAGCGUGGAUGGAGGCGACGACGUGCUCGAGAUCAAGAAGACGCUGCUCGACGAGCCCGUCUAUGUGGCCAAUCACUCGCGCGACGAAGAAGCCGUCUCAGUGGCCAUGUCGGAUACGACGACCACGCCCCGAUCUCGACACACCUACGUGGAUGAUGCGUACGCCAAUAGCUUGCCACCGGACCUGCUGGCCUUUCCCGCCCGCGUGCCGCCCACCUCGCCCUCGAUGCAGUCCUCGCAGUCGAACAUACCCGACCAGGUGAUCUACGGCAUCCGUUCGCCGCCGUCGCUGACCAGUCCGGUGUACACGCACAUGACGCCGCACGGCAUCUACGGCACCAAGACGAUGACGGCUCCGCACAAUGGCUUUAUGACGCUGCAGCAUCCCAAGUCGCGCAACCUGGCGCUCAUCGCCACCGCCAACAGCAGUCGCCAGCACCAGCACCACCACCAGCUGCAGCAGCAGCAGCACCACCACCAGCAGCAACAGCAACAGCAGCAGCACCAUCCGCUGGCCACCACAUCGCCCUUCCUGCCCGCACCCGUCGUCUACUCGCCGGCCACGGGCGUGGUCAUGAAACAGGGAUACAUGACCAUUCCGCGCAAGCCGCGCGCCCCCAGCUGGGCGCCCAGUACUUCCGGCGCCGCUGGCCACGGAUCCAUUCAGCUAAGUGAAUUCCAGAGCCCCACAUCGCCGAAUCCCAGCGAGACUGGCACCGCCACCACCGCGGAACUGCAGGCGGAGCCCGUGUACGACAACUUGGGACUGCGCACCACUGCCGGCGGCAACUCCACCCUCAAUCUGACCAAGAUCGCCGGUUCGCAGGGGGGCGCUGGUCAGCAGUACUCGAUGCGGGACCGACCCCUUCCGGCCACGCCCAGCCUGACAUCGGUGUCCUCGGCGACCAAUGCCAGCAAGAUUUACGAGCCCAUACACGAGCUGAUUCAGCAGCAACAGCAGUUGCAACAACAGCAGCAGCAGCAGCAGCAGCGACUGGGCUCCAUGGACACGGAACCCCUGUACGGAGUUCGGCAACAGGGGAUCACGAUACUGCCCGGCUCGAGCAUUAGCGGGGCCGGACUGGGCCACGCCGCCUACCUUUCACCCGGCUCGGGUGCCGCCGUGUCGCCAAGCCACGCCAGCAGCAGCGGCGACUCCCCGAAGGCCGCCAAGAUCCCACCACGCCCACCACCGAAGCCCAAGAAGAAGAUGUCCGUGACGACGACGCGCAGCGGCCAGGGCAGCACCAGCCAGCUCUUCGACGACGAGGGCGAGGACGGCACCGAGGUCUAGUUUGGCACCCACGGCGAUUCCCGCCAUCGCCGGCAGCUGGCGAUGUGAUGCAAUGUAGCGAUGCACUGCAUGCGAUGGAAUGGAAUGGGAUGCAUUGUGAUGUCGUUGCUGACAGCGAGCAGCAGCAGAUGCGUAACCAGUUGGAUGAUGAGGAGUGGGGGAAUCCAUGGCGGGCUGAAGCUGAAGCUGAAGCUGGAGCUGGAGCUGGAGAGCUGAUAACAUUAUUGCGCGGAUGGGAUGGGAUGCUGCCCCCCAGUCGACAACAAAAUACAACAUCAACAUCAACAUCAACAUGAACGUCAACAUCCGCUGUUGCGGCUUGUAAAAAUAGCCGGCGGAAGGAUUCUGUUCCGUGGUUCACGCCACUGCGUGACUUGUGUGCCAAACGACUGAUGUAGGUUUUAGUAAUUAAAUCGAUGAACAUGCAACACACCAGUUCUUCUGGCCUGGAAAAUGGGACGGGAAAUAUGUAAUUUUCGGCGAGUUGGAUGAUGGUUGGUUCGAAAACAAAUAGACAGAGAUACAAAUCCGUAUGGGGCGAUGAAGUCGCUUUUAGGAGCAUCAAAUCCCAAAAUUCGUAUAGGCGGAUAUACGUAAAACCCAAUUUUAAAACCACCUUUUUUUGUGUAGACUAUAGCUAGUUCGGUACAAAAUGCAUUAUUCGUAUAUAGAGAGACAUAUAUAUAUAUAUAUACACCGACACCAACAUACACACACACAAUUUUAAACUUAUAUGAACCCUAGAACAACAAGUAUCCUAUUAUGAACAAGUAUACAUAAAGAACUUUCAAAUCAACGACAGUUUGUUUAAGCGCAAUGAAGAGGAGGACUAAAACACUCACUUUUUUCCAAAUUUUUUUAAAAUUGUACAUGUAAAGGCAUACAGUUAAUCGCAUUAGGCUACAUACAUAUAUAUAUUACAUAGGUACAUAUGCAUAUAUAUAUAUAUACAUAUAUAUAUAUUAAUGAUAUAUACUUAUAUUAGCGUAAGCAACCACUUGCAUCCUUAAUUUUUUUUUUAGUUUACGAAAGCCACCACGCGAUUCGGGAAUUAAACUACAUGAAAGUAUAUUUAUAGCGGGUAAGUUUGUUAAGUGCGUUUAGCGGUAGGAUAAAGAGUUUGCAUUCGCAAUUAAAACAAUGAAUUGAAACUUCUAUGUAUACAUAUAGUCUAGAGGAGGGCGCGCAGCUAUAAUUACGAUUGUACUAGUUAUAAAUAUAUAUUAAAUAAAUUGUAUGUACAUGGACUCACGUAUGACAUUCUAGGACUAAAUAUACACCCAAUCUCCCAUUGCCGCUGAGCAGAAACGAAGAUCUAUAGGCA